CCGGGCGGACUGCCGGGGGCUGGGGCAGAGUUCCAGGCCCGCAGCCCCAGUCCGGGUCGCGCCGCCUUGCUGCGCCCCGCCGCCCGCGCUGGGAGCGGGUCUUGUGCGCUCGCCGUGCCCCUCGGCCAGCUGGGCUCCCGGGGCCAGCAGGCCUCGCACCGCUGGCCGCCUGAGGAGAAUCGCUGGUUGUGGUCGCCGCCAGGGAUAUCUCUUCAUCUUGAAGAUAAAGCAAAAAUCUUUUUCUGAAAUAGAUGGAUUUUUGUCACUUCCUGUGAACUAAAACGAUUCAAUGUCUCUUUUGGAUUGUUUCUGCACUUCACGAACACAAGUUGAAUCACUCAGACCUGAAAAACAGUCUGAGUCCAGUAUCCAUCAACACUUGGUUGAUGAGCUACCCUUUUCCCAGUUGCCUUCAUCCACUAGAGCCAAGGAUGUGAUCUGUUCCACCAAUGUUUCUCACUAUGAACUCCAAGUGGAAAUUGGAAGAGGAUUUGACAACUUGACUUCUGUUCAUCUUGCCCGGCAUACUCCUACAGGAACACUGGUGACUAUAAAAAUUACAAAUCUGGAAAACUGCACUGAUGAACGCCUGAAAGCUUUACAGAAAGCAGUGAUUUUGUCCCACUUUUUCCGGCACCCCAAUAUUACAACCUAUUGGACUGUUUUCACUGUUGGCAGCUGGCUUUGGGUUAUUUCUCCAUUUAUGGCCUAUGGUUCAGCAAGUCAGCUCUUGAAGACUUACUUUCCUGAAGGAAUGAGUGAAACUUUAAUAAGAAACAUUCUCUUUGGAGCAGUGAGAGGGUUGAGCUAUCUGCACCAAAAUGGUUGCAUUCACAGGAGUAUUAAAGCCAGCCAUAUCCUCAUUUCUGGUGAUGGCCUAGUGACCCUCUCUGGCCUGUCCCACCUGCAUAGUUUGGUUAAGCAUGGACAGAGGCAUAGGGCUGUGUAUGAUUUCCCACAGUUCAGCACAUCAGUGCAGCCGUGGCUGAGCCCAGAACUACUGAGACAGGAUUUACAUGGAUAUAAUGUAAAGUCAGAUAUUUACAGUGUUGGGAUUACAGCAUGUGAAUUGGCCAGUGGGAAGGUACCUUUCCAGGACAUGCAUAGGACUCAGAUGUUGUUACAGAAGCUGAAAGGUCCUCCUUACAGCCCAUUGGAUGUCAGUAUCUUCCCUCAAUCAGAAUCCAGAAUGAAGAAUUCCCGAUCAGGUGUAGACUCUGGGAUUGGAGAAAGUGUACUUGUCUCCAGUGGAACUCAAACAGUAAAUAGUGACAGAUUGCAAACUCCAUCCUCAAAAACUUUCUCUCCUGCCUUCUUUAGCUUGGUACAGCUCUGUUUGCAACAAGAUCCUGAGAAAAGACCAUCUGCAAGCAGUUUAUUGUCCCAUGUGUUCUUCAAACAGAUGAAAGAAGAAAGCCAGGACUCAAUACUUACACUGUUGCCUCCUAAGCCAUCAAUAGCACUGUCUCCAGUGUCACGUUGGACUGAGCCGGAAUGUGAUUUUCCUGAUGAAAAAGACUCAAACUGGGAAUUCUAGGGCUGCCAAAUCCUAUAUGUCCUAGAUACUUGACACUUUCUCUCUGCUACUUUUCUUCUGUAUUGCUAGGUACAAAUACUAGAAUUAUACUUGAAAAUACCAUUGUUGCACUGGAGAAUCUAUUGUUUAAAACCACUCUGUUCAAAGAAGCAUGAGUUUAUAUCCUCUUUGGUUAACUCACAGUUCUAUUACAACUCCAGAAAAACUUCAGAAUUAUGAAUCUAGUUACAUUUAGUGUCCUCUGUUCUCAUUUUUUUCCCCAAGCUGUGACUAAUUCCUCUUCUUGAUUUUUGAAUUUAAGUUUUGAGCCAUUUAAUUUUUUCAGCAUUUUGUUGCCCUCAGGGGAAUGAGCCCUCAGAGGACAGUGCUUCCAAGUACACUUUUUACUUCCAGAUUCUCUAGCCUUUUUGAUCAGCUAUUGUUAGACCAACAGGCUAGUUUAUCCUGGCAUCAAAACCCUUUUUUGGUAGAAGGGAAAAUGUUUAUACUUCCCAUAUUAUUCUGUUAAAUAUCAAACUGAGCCUCACUCACAUUAAAUGAUAAAGAAGUGGUAAUUUGUGCUUUUUUUUUUUUUCAUUUUUAAGAGGCUAAAGUGACACUUUUCUACUUAUGUAAGUUAUAGAUCCUAAAUUCAUGCACCCUGUGGGAGCUCAAUAAAGAUUUAUUAAAUUGA